CUUGAAGCGCGAGGAAGUGUCCGAAACAAGGCAAGAAAGACUGCAGCGAGUCACUUAUGCUAUCGACAGCCCGAGCAGACGCGAUACAUGGCUGCAGAGACUUUCAGAUCGUUAAGGCUGUGUCGGCAUCAUAUGUCUCUGUUGCGGAAAUGUCCUCAGCUCAUAGCUCCUCAAGUUUUCCAUCAGAAGUUCUCCUCCUCAAACAGAGUUGUAAAGAGUCACAGGCUCUUUAGGAAGCUGUUGUUUGGCGUCUCGGUGGGUGUCCCGCUUGUGGUGGGAGUUCAGUAUGUGGUCUCGAAGCCGAGAGAGAGGAGGAAGAUUAAGAUACUGACAGAGGGAGUUGGACGCUUCUGCAGGUCUCUCUACAUCGGGCUUAUGAUAUCAGCAGAUUACUGGUGGACCUCUAACAUUGCUCUGCGUGGCAUGGAUGAGAGCAGUCCAGAGUUUCUGAAGCUGAUGUCAGCGUGUCAUCAGAGAGCUGCCAGCAAUAUGGUGGACGGAGCCAUACAGAACGGAGGCUUGUACAUUAAGCUGGGACAGGGCCUGUGUGCAUUCAACCAUCUUCUACCUCCAGAAUACAUCCAAACCCUACAUGUGCUUGAAGACAAAGCUCUCAACAGAAGAUACAAAGAGGUAGAUGCUUUAUUCCAGGAGGACUUUAACAUGACUCCAGAUAAAAUGUUCAGAACAUUUGACUAUGAGCCUGUGGCUGCUGCAAGUCUUGCUCAAGUGCACAAAGCUGAACUGCACGAUGGGACACCUGUGGCUGUAAAGGUGCAGUAUAUUGAUCUCAGGGAUCGCUUUGAUGGUGAUAUCAGAACUCUAGAGAUUUUGUUGGACAUAAUAAAAUUUAUGCAUCCUAGCUUUGGCUUCCGCUGGGUCCUACAGGACUUGAAGGGGACUCUUGCCCAGGAGCUGGAUUUUGAGAAUGAAGGCAGAAAUUCUGAACGUUGUGCGGAGGAACUAAAGCAUUUUAAGUUUGUAGUUGUGCCCAAAGUAUUCUGGAACGUGACCAGCAAGAGGGUCCUUACAGCAGAGUACUGCGAUGGAUGCAAAAUCAACAAUGUGGAGGAGAUUCAGCGUCAGGGACUGAGCCUCAAAGACACAGCUGAUAAACUCAUCCGCAUAUUUGCAGAGCAGAUCUUUUACACUGGCUUCAUUCACGCUGACCCACAUCCUGGAAAUGUGUUGGUCAGAAGAGGUCCAGAUAAAAAGGCUGAGCUGGUUCUGUUGGAUCAUGGUCUGUAUGAACACCUCAGUAAAAGUGACAGAGCAGCUCUCUGCCAGCUGUGGAGAUCCAUAAUCCUGCGAGAUGACGCUGGUAUGAAGACAUAUGCAAAUCAACUCGGGGUCAAAGAAUACUUCCUGUUCAGUGAGAUGCUCCUGCAGCGGCCGAUCAACAUGUGGGAUCUGGGUCUGGGGAACAUCCUGACUGGAGAGGAGACGUCCUACAUGCGGGACAUGGCCAUCAACCGCUUCGACAAAAUCAUGCAGGUGCUGAAGUCUAUGCCACGGCCCAUGCUGCUGGUCUUCAGGAACAUCAACACCGUCCGCUGCAUCAACAUCACCCUGGGAGCUCCAGUCGACCGCUACUUCAUCAUGGCCAAGUGUGCUGUGAGAGGACAUGGCAGAGCUCAGGCUGAGGACAUUAGGUUGUUUUCCAGACUGUCUGUCUUCCGCUGGGUCUGCUCCUUCUGGGAGCGCCUCAAGUUUGAAUUCGCUUUAAGGUCAGAGAUGGCGCUCAUGAGUGUCACUCGCUCUUUGCUGAAGCUGCUGGCAUUCUGCAAUAUGGUCACGCUGGAUCAGGAUGUGUUUCAGUAUCUGAAAUGAAGCUUGGCAUACCUCAUCAUUAUGGCUUUUAUUUUGGUCAAAGUUCAGUGACUUUGACCUGAGCUCGGGCUCUCAGGAACCUCUCACACUUUCUUCUGUGCUGGUGAGCUGCAUUGCACUGAAAGCUGAGCACUUUUUAAGUAUGCUUUUACCAGGUAUAAUACUGCAUCAUUUCAUAGACUUUGUCCACAUAAUUCAGGGUGCCAUAGAAUGAAAAUCUGGAUGUAACGAGCAUAGCUGAAUAAUAAGAUAACACAUGGAAAUGACAUAAUGUGACCCUCAAUUACUCCAGAGACCCAUUGCUUCCUUGUUCUCAUGUGGUCUCAUGAUAGUUUCUUGUUUUUCGGUUGAUUAUCAAUUGCAGUGAAAAAACAAAUGCACCCCUGGCAUAACAGAACUUUCACCCAUCAGGCACUGACUUGAGCAUCAGAGUAGAGCUCAUUAAUAUUCAUGACCCUUCCAAAUAUGUUCAAAACCGUUCAUCUCAAAUUAGGGCCAAUUCAUUGAUUUUUCACAGCGCAUGCCUGGCAAAACAGUACUUUCACCCAUCAGGCACUGACUGGAGCAUCAGAGUAGAGCUCAUUAAUAUUCAUGACCCUUCCAAAUAUGGUCAAAACCGUCCAUCUCAAAUUAGGGCCAAUUCAUUGAUUUUUCACAGCGCAUGCCUGGCAAAACAGUACUUUCACCCAUCAGGCACUGACUUGAGCAUCAGAGUAGAGCUCAUUAAUAUUCACGACCCUUCCAAAUAUGGUCAAAACUAUCCAUCUCAAAUUAGGACAGAUUUAUUGAUAGUUUUCACAGUGCACCCCCGGCAAAACAGUACUUUCACCCAUCAGGCACUGACUUAAGAAUCAGAUUAGAGCUCAAUAAUAUUCACGACCCUUCCAAAUAUGGUCAAAACCAUUCAUCUCUAAUUACGUUAAAUUCAUUGAUAGUUUUUACAAUACAACGCUGGCAUAACAGUACUUUUACCCGUCAAGCUCUGACUUGAGCAUCAGAAUAGAGCUCGUUAAUAUUCAUGACCCUUCCAAAUAUGGUCAAAACCAUCCAACUCAAAUUAGGACAGAUUUAUUGACAGUUUUCACAGUGCACCCCCGGCAAAACAGUACUUUCACCUAUUAGGCACUGACUUAAGAAUCAGAUUACAGCUCAAUAAUAUUCAUGACCCUUCCAAAUAUGGUCAAAACCAUUCAUCUCUAAUUACGUCAAAUUCAUUGAUAGUUUUUACAACGCAACCCUGGCAUAACAGUACAUUUACCCAUCAGGCACUGACUUUAGCAUCAGAGUAGAGCUUAUUAAAAUUCACGACUCUUCUAAAUAUGGUCAAAACCAUCCAACUCAAUAUAGGACCGAUUUAUUGAUAGUUUUUACAAUGCAACCCUGGCAUAACAGUACUUGCACCCAUCAGGCACUGACUUAAGCAUCAGAGUAGAGCUCAUUAAUAUUCAUGACCCUUCCAAAUAUGGUCCGAACCAUCCAUCUCAAAUUAGGACAUAUUUAUUGAUAGUUUUUACAACGCAACAUUGGCAUAACGGUACUUUCACCCAUCAGGCACUGACUUGGGAAUCAGAGUAGAGCUCAUUAAUAUUCAUGACCCUUCCAAAUAUGGUCCGAACCAUCCAUCUCAAAUUAGGACAUAUUUAUUGAUAGUUUUUACAACGCAACAUUGGCAUAACGGUACUUUCACCCAUCAGGCACUGACUUGGGAAUCAGAGUAGAGCUCAUUAAUAUUCAUGACCCUUCCAAAUAUGGUCCGAACCAUCCAUCUCAAAUUAGGACAUAUUUAUUGAUAGUUUUUACAACGCAACAUUGGCAUAACGGUACUUUCACCCAUCAGGCACUGACUUGGGAAUCAGAGUAGAGCUCAUUAAUAUUCACAACC